UGGUCAGAUCCACCACCUGGGACUGAAUCGACUGAUUCCAUCCAUUCCAUCUCUCAGAAAUGCCUCUUCUUUCUUUACAAACCCUAACUCACUUCUGAUCCAAUCUCUCCCUCUAGAUCUAAACUGUCGCGGUGAUACAAAUCCAAGAUUGGAGCAAGAUGUAUAUGGCGUAUGGAUGGCCUCAGGUCAUCCCUCUCGAACAAGGCCUGUGCCCUACAUCUGAGCAGAUCGUAUACCUCAAACUAGUGAAUCGCUUGUUGCUUGUUGUGGCUCCCUCUCAUCUCGAGCUCUGGAGCUGUUCUCAGCAUAAAGUGAGAUUGGGAAAGUACAAGAGGGAUGCGGAUUCGAUUCAGCGGGAGGGUGAGAAUAUGAAGGCUGUGUGGAGUCCUGAUGCCAAAUUGAUUGCAGUUCUCACAUCUUCGUUUUUCCUUCACAUUUUUAAGGUUCAGUUCACGGAAAAAAAAAUACAAAUUGGAGGGAAGCAGCCAUCUGGCUUGUUUCUUGCAACUAUUUCUCUACUUCUCAGUGAGCAGGUGCCCUUUGCAAAAAAGGACUUGACAGUGAGCAAUAUUGUGAGUGAUAACAAACAUAUGCUCCUUGGACUCUCAGAUGGAUCUUUAUAUACUAUUUCCUGGAAAGGGGAGUUUUGUGGGGCCUUUGAACUUGAUUCCCCUAUGCAUGACAGCAAUAAAGUUUCUGAAUUAUCACAUUCUCUAGACAAUGGUGUUUCUUCAAGAGGGGCUCCAGGAGUAGUUUCUACAUCCACUCAUAAUACAUCCCAACAAUCUGCUGUUAUUCAGCUGGAGCUUUCCCUACUAUUGAGGUUAUUGUUUGUGCUUUACUCUGAUGGGCAAUUGGUGUUAUGUUCUGUAAGUAAGAAGGGCUUAAAACAAUCCGAAUUAAUCAAAGCGGAAACAAGGUUGGGUUCUGGUGAUUCUGUAUGUGCUUCAAUAGCUUCAGAGCAGCAAAUCCUGGCUGUAGGUACCAGAAGAGGUGUUGUUGAGCUAUAUGACCUUGCUGAAUCUGCAUCACUUAUUCGGACUGUAUCAUUGUAUGAUUGGGGUUAUUCAAUGGACGAUACUGGUCCGGUAAGUUGUAUUGCAUGGACACCUGAUAAUUCCGCUUUUGCUGUUGGAUGGAAGUUAAGAGGGCUUACAGUUUGGUCUGUUUCUGGCUGUCGUUUGAUGUCUACAAUACGCCAAAUGGGUUUAAGUUCGGUAUCUUCUCCAGUUGUUAAGCCAAACCAAGAUUGUAAAUUUGAACCUAUGAUGGGUGGUACCUCACUGAUGCAGUGGGAUGAAUAUGGAUAUAGGCUUUAUGCUAUUGAGGAAAGAUGUAUAGAGAGAAUUGUUGCAUUUUCUUUUGGUAAAUGUUGCCUUAACAGAGGAGUUUCAGGCACGACUUAUGUCCGCCAAGUGAUCUAUGGUGAAGAUCGUUUGCUUGUUGUGCAGUCGGAAGAUACGGAUGAACUUAAAAUUUUUCACCUUAACCUUCCAGUUUCUUAUAUCUCCCAAAAUUGGCCUGUUCAACAUGUGGUGGCUAGCAAGGAUGGGAUGUACUUAGCAGUUGCUGGUCUCCAUGGCUUAAUCUUAUACGAUAUUCGUCUGAAAAAAUGGCGAAUGUUUGGAGAUAUUUCCCAGGAACAAAAGAUCCAGUGCAAUGGGUUGUUGUGGCUGGGAAAAAUUGUUGUUGUCUGCAACUAUGUUGAUUCUUCUAACACGUAUGAAUUGCUUUUCUAUCCAAGAUAUCACCUUGAUCAGAGCUCACUACUUGGUCGGAAAACCUUGCUUGCCAAGCCCAUGGUGAUGGAUGUCUAUCAGGAUUAUAUACUUGUUACUUAUCGCCCAUUUGAUGUGCAUAUAUUCCAUGUGAAAUUAUCUGGUGAAUUGACACCUUCCAGGACUCCAGAUUUGCAGCUUUCUACAGUACGAGAGCUCUCUAUCAUGACUGCAAAGAGCCAUCCUUCAGCGAUGCGUUUUAUCCCUGAUCAGCUUCCAAGAGAGUACAUCCUAAAGAAUCACAUUUCAUCCUCAUCAGAUUUAUUGGCCAGAGAGCCUGCCAGAUGUUUGAUAUUGAGAGUGAAUGGGGAGCUUUCACUACUUGACCUGGAUGAUGGACGUGAAAGAGAGCUCACGGAUUCUGUUGAAUUAUUUUGGGUUACCUGUGGUCAAUCAGAGGAAAAAACAAACCUAAUUGAGGAAGUUUCAUGGUUGGAUUAUGGCCAUAGAGGAAUGCAGGUUUGGUAUCCAUCUCCAGGUGUUGACCCUUUUAAGCAGGAGGAUUUCUUGCAGUUGGAUCCUGAGCUGGAAUUUGACCGUGAGAUAUACCCUCUUGGGCUUCUUCCAAAUGCUGGGGUGGUUGUGGGUGUUUCCCAGAGAAUGUCAUUUACAUCAGGCACAGAGUUCCCAUGUUUUGAGCCAUCUCCUCAAGCUCAAACUAUUCUGCAUUGCCUACUCCGGCACCUUCUUCAGAGGGACAAGAGCGAGGAAGCAUUACGUUUGGCACAAUUAUCAGCAGAGAAGCCUCAUUUUUCCCAUUGUCUGGAGUGGCUUCUUUUUACUGUAUUUGAUGCUGAAAUUUCCAGGCAAAACUCAAAUAAAAGCCAAGUUUCAGGCCCUAAAGGUGGAGGCAAGUUCUCUCUUUUGGAGAAGACCUGUGAUUUAAUAAAAAACUUUCCGGAGUAUCUUGAUGUGGUUGUAAGUGUUGCAAGAAAAACUGAUGGUAGACACUGGGCAAAUUUGUUCGCUGCUGCUGGAAGAUCGACAGAGUUAUUUGAGGAAUGCUUCCAACGGAGAUGGUACAGAACUGCAGCUUGCUAUAUACUUGUGAUUGCUAAACUUGAGGGCCCUGCCGUGAGUCAGUAUUGUGCUUUACGUUUAUUACAGGCAACCCUUGAUGAAUCUUUAUAUGAACUAGCUGGCGAGCUGGUAAGGUUCUUGCUGAGAUCCGGAAGGGAAUAUGAACAGGCAUCAACAGAUUCAGACAAACUCUCUCCCAGAUUUUUGGGCUAUUUUCUUUUCCGUUCUAACAGUAGGAGACAGAGUUCGGAUUCAAAAAGCCCCUCAUUUAAAGAGCAGAGUGCGCAUAUUACAUCUGUCAAAAACAUCCUAGAAAACCAUGCUAACUAUUUGAUGUCAGGAAAAGAACUUUCCAAACUUGUUGCAUUUGUUAAAGGCACUCAGUUUGAUCUAGUGGAAUAUCUUCAACGAGAAAGGUAUGGAUUUGCUCGCUUGGAGAGCUUUGCUUCAGGGCUUGAACUAAUCGGGGAAAAGCUUGAAAUGGGUACGCUGCAGAGCCGGCUGGAUGCAGAGUUCCUUUUGGCUCAUAUGUGCUCGGUUAAGUUUAAAGAGUGGAUAGUUGUCCUGGCUACUCUUCUAAGACGAUCUGAGGUCCUUUUAGAUCUUUUCCGGCAUGAUAAUCGGCUAUGGACUGCAUAUGGUGCAACUCUGCAGUCACAACCUGCAUUUGCUGAAUACCAUGAUUUGCUUGAAGCAUUGGAAGAAAGACUCAAGUGUAGUGACAAUUUGGAAGAGAAAUGAGAAGGAAAUUGAAUUUCCAACCCUAGGCUCUUCAGUCCAGCAAAAUAUUGGCUGAUAGAGGGUGCUAUUCUUCAAUACCUGAAUCAUUUUCUGGGCUGAGUAUCGAAUUAUGGUCGGAUCAUGCUAGAAGAUGAGCAUACUGAUAUAUUAUUCUAAAUAUGACAACCCCUUUGUUAUGAUUUGAUCAUAUUUCUGAGUGUCUUUAGAAUCGGAAUUGUUCUUUUUUUGUAGAUAAGGCAGUUAGUUGAUAUAGUUUUCCCUGUUCUUUCUUCAAGUUGGCUAUGAAUUUUAAUUUUGGGGUUGAAGAAAGGAAUUUGAUCAAUAAUUCAAAUUCUCCAACCA